AUGCUCCGCGCCCGUUUGGCGCGGCACUUCUUCACCGGCCGGCCACUGGACCGGCGUGCCUGCCGGCGAGCUCGGCUCCAACGGCUUCAGAAGCGCUUUCAGAGGAGACCAACGGCUUCUGGUGAUGAAGCCUUGGAGGCCCAGAGUCCGCCAGCAGACUCUGAGAUUCGCAGAGAGGCGGUCUCCUUGACACCCAGGGGCGCAGCGAGCGCGCACGGGCACGAGAUGCUGUCCUCGACGGUGACCGGCAAAGCGACCGAAGAAGAGCACGACUACUGGCCGAUCUUCAUCCUGCUGCAGGCGCUUCUGGCGUUGAGCCUUUGGGUGAUGGGCGCGAGCCAGGAGAGAGAGAUUCUCUCUGCGAAAGCAGGGUUGGAUACGCUACUUCCUGGGCGGACAAAUAUGGCCACACAUAAGGACUGCGAAGAUUUGCGAUGGCAGAUCUGGCGAUGGUUGACUUACCAGUACACCCACUUCGGCUUGUCGCAUAUCAUCCUGAAUGUGGUCAUGAUCCUGAUGGUUGGCAUUCGCUUGGAGAUGUAUCAUGGCCAUUGGAGGACGUGUGUCAUUUUCAACCUUGGCGUCAUUUGCGCUGCAUUCAACUUUGCCGUCAUCGAUGGGCACGCCAGCCUCAUAGGCAUGUCUGGAGGGGUCUACGCCUUGAUGGGCAUGACCUUCGGAUCACUAAUCCUGAACUGGCACGAUACCCGUUAUCGACGCCCGGAGCUGUUGGUGCUGCUGAUGCUCUUUGUGUUGGAUUUAGCCUUUGCGUAUGUGAGUGCUUCUCCAGACAAUGAGACAAGCCAUUCGGCCCAUUUCGGAGGCUAUGCCAGUGGUGUAGUCCUGGGAGUGUUGAUGGGCCGGAAUCUGGAUGAAGAGGAAGCGCAACAACAUGCGAAGACGCUGCGAGGUGAGAGAAUCCUGCAGGCGGUGCUGGCCAGCAUAGGCACGAACAUGAGCAUCGUGGAAUAUCGUGGAUGUGGUGAAGGUGAUGGAGCUUUCACUGCCAAACGACAGUAA